GUCCCAGCAGCUGAAUGGAAGAAAAUAACCUUUAACCACCAUUUUUGUUACUUACAGAAAGGAGUUUGAAUAAGGAAAAUUAUGACAACGCAAGCCCAGCUACACUGCUUCUGUCUCCUCACACUUUACUUGACAACUGGAUAUGGGCAAGAGGGAAAGUUUAGUGGACCCCUAAAACCCAUGACUUUUUCCAUUUUUGAAGGCCAAGAACCGAGUCAACUCAUAUUCCAGUUUAAGGCCAAUCCUCCUGCUGUGACUUUCAAACUAAUGGGGGAGACAGAUGGCAUAUUUCAGAUACAACCUGAUGGACUUCUAUAUCACAACAAAACCCUGGACAGGGAAACAAGAGCUGUUCACAGACUGCAGGUCUCAGCCCUGGAUGCUCAGGGCAAUACAGUGGAGGGCCCGGUCCCUGUCACCAUCGAAGUGAAGGACAUCAAUGACAACCGACCUGUUUUUCUCCAGCAACAUUAUGAAGGCUCAGUAAGGCAGAAUUCUCGCCCAGGAAGGCCCUUUAUGUAUGUCAAUGCUACAGACUUGGAUGAUCCAGCCACACUCAAUGGCCAACUUAUUUAUCAGAUUCUCAUGCAGCUUCCUAAGGUCAACGAUGUCAUGUACUUUCAGAUCAACAACCAAACGGGAGGAAUUUCACUUACUCCACAAGGAUCCCAGGAAUUGGAUCCUUUGAAGAAUCCUUCCUACAGGCUGGUGGUCUCAGUGGAAGACAUGGGAGGCCUGAAUGAGCAUUCCUUUAGUGACAGCGCACCUGUGGUUAUUACGGUGAAGGAGAAUAUUUGGAAAGCGCCAGAACCUGUGGAGAUUGAAGAAAACUUGACUCAACCUUACCCCAUUAAAAUCACUCAGGUGCAGUGGAAUGAUCCAGGUGCUCUAUACUCCUUAGUGGACAAGGAGAACACACCACGAUUUCCAUUUUCGAUCGACCAGGAAGGAGAUAUUUAUGUGACUCAGCCCUUGGACCGAGAAGAAAAGGACAAAUAUGUUUUCUAUGCGGUUGCAAGGGAUGAGCAGGGAAAACUACUCUCAAAACCACUGGAAAUUCAAGUGAAAGUGAAAGACAUUAAUGAUAAUCCACCUACGUGUCCAUCUCCAGUGACUGUACUUGAGGUCCAGGAGAAUGAACAAAUAGGGAGCAGUAUUGGAACUCUUAUUGCUCAUGACAUGGAUGAAGAAAACACUGUCAACAGUGUUUUAGAAUACAGAAUUGUGGAUCAAACUCCCAAAGUUCCUCGAGAUGGUCUGUUCCUGGUCCACACAUACCAUGGAACAAUCCAGUUAGUGGUGCAGUCUUUGCACAAGCGGGACGCUCCGCAGUACAACCUGACCGUAGAGGUGUCUAACGAAGACUUCAAGACCCUCUGCUUUGUGCAAAUCAAUGUUAUUGAUAUCAACGAUCAGAUCCCCAUCUUUGAAAAGUCAGAUUAUGGAAACCUAACUUUCCCUGAAGACACAGCUGUGGGAUCUGUCAUCUUAACCAUCCAGGCCACAGACGCUGAUGAACCACAUACUGGGAGUUCUAAAAUCUUGUAUCGAAUUACACAGGGAGACAGUGAGGGACGUUUGGAGAUUGAAACAGAUCCCCAAACCAAUACUGGAUAUGUCAAGCUUAAAAAGCCUCUUGAUUUUGAAACAGUCGCCAUUCAUAAUAUUGUCGUCCAAGCAGAAAAUCCCGAGCCUCUGGUGCCUGGCGUACAGUAUAACGCCAGCUCUUCUGCUACCUUCAGACUGACGGUGACAGACGUGAAUGAGGCCCCGCAAUUUUCCCAACAAGUAUUUGAAGCAACAGUCAGUGAGGCUGUGGCUAAAGGCACAAAAGUGGGCAACGUGACUGCCACGGAUCCGGAAGGUCUGGACGUCAGUUAUUCACUGAGAGGUGACAAGAGAGGCUGGCUAAGAAUCAACCCCGUCACUGGUGAGAUCUUCAGUGCGGCACCGCUGGACAGGGAAGCUGAAAGUCUGUAUCGGGUACAAGUGGUGGCAACGGAAGUAGGUGGAUCCUCCUUGAGUUCCACGGCACAAUUCCACCUGACCCUUACGGAUGUGAACGACAACGCCCCACGGCUGGUCAAGGAGUACACAGGCUUGUUCUUUUGCUAUCCCCUCAAAGCACCCGGAAGUCUCAUUUUUGAGGCCACCGAUGAUGAUCAACCGACAUUUCGGGGUCAACACUUUACGUUUUCCCUUGGCAGCGAAAGCUUACAAAAAGACUGGGAAGUUUCCAAAAUCAAUGGAACUCAUGCCCACCUCUCCACCAAGCACACGAGCUUUGAGGAGAGAGUUUACAACAUCCCAAUCCGCAUCAGUGACAGUGGCCGGCAACCCAUGGAAGGGACUGUCUCUUUACCAGUUACUUUCUGCAAGUGUGUGGAAAAUAGGUGUUUCCAGCCAGCGGCUCACAUGCCUGGGAUACCCCCGGUGGGCAUGGCAGUUGGCAUACUCCUUGCCACCUUGUUGGUCAUUGGGAUAAUUUUAGCAGUGGUGUUUUUCCGGAUGAAGAGGGAUAAAGGCCAACAUAAUGCUGAAAGUGCUCAGGCAUCUGAAGUCAAGCCUCUGAGAAACUGAAUGUGAAAAAAAAUGUUUGAGUUUAUGUACCAAGUGCUAUUUCAGUGACACAACCAUUUAAUGCCAUACUUUUACUUUUCACCCAACAUGUGCAUGGUCAGUUUUACAGAGAAACUCUCUUGUCUUUCGAUAUUUUAUUACUUUUAGAUAUUUCAUGUGCUAUAGACAUUAGAGAUAUUUUCCAAUUUCUCAUGACACUUUUCCGCUCUGCAAAUGCCAUAGCUAUUUCUCCAAACACAAAAAUGUGUGUGUUUUUCCCUCUUAGGGAAUGAGGGGCUGAUGAAAUACUCUGUUUAUUUUUGCUUCCUCAAGAGGUUUUAUCAGUCACCCAUCAAAGAGCUUUCAGGAUCCCAUUUAUGCUUUUUUCUAAUUCCAUCCUGUGUCUCCUUCCACCAUAUCUCCCUUGGUAUUUCACUAAUGUUAAAACAUUUGUUGGAGAAAAGAACAAAGCAGAGUCUCAGGAAAAAAAAAUAAAAGGGCAGACCUGUCCCUCAGUUUGAACAGAAACACUUCAUCGUUUGAAGAGGCCUGAGUCACAGACCCUGGUUGCAAGCACCAACCACUCACCAUGUUUACUCACUACCUACCAUGCUUGUGUGCUGUGCACGUUUCUUUUAUGUGUAUAUUAAUAAAGUUUUGGUUAUUAUAUAUUUAAUGGUGAAGGAAAAUAAGGAAGCAUGAAAGAUGUAGUGACAACAAUCAAGAAUAAACAUUGGCUGUGGUUUUGUUUCUUGGA